CAUGCUAACUCGCUUAUAUAUAUAGUGAUGUCUGUGUGGCUGUGUAUUCAAUCAGAGGUACUGCUUUCUUUCUCAGAUUCUAACUAAAACAAUUGUGUUACUAAGUAUCCAUCAUGCGCAGAGUGAUGUUUUGGUUUCUUGUUUCCAUGUAUCUAUGCCUCAUUGGCCAUAUGAUUGGUGAGGCUGCAAGAGAAGGUGCCAUGCUGAGUGAAGCAAAAUCCAGUGAGAUGGGAAAGAGUCACCAACACGUAACCGGGUUUAAGGGCGAACUCACAGCUGGAGGCUAUGGGGGCGGCGAUCCAGGGUAUGGUGGAUACGGUCCAGGUGGUGGUGGUGUUGUGAUCGGUGGUGGAUUUGGUGGUGGUGGUGUUGGUGGUGUGGGUUGGGAUGGAGGGAACAGAGGAGGCGGUCCGGGAUACGGGUCAGGUGGUAUUGGUGGUGGAGUCAUCAUUGGCGGUGGUGGUGGUGGAUGUGGGGGUUCAUGCGGUGGUGGUGGGUGUGGUGGUUCAUGCGGUGGUGGUGGUGGUGGUGGUGGUGGACCUGGUGGUGGAUAUGGACACCUUGAAGCCAGCAUGAAGGAAUCAGGCAAAAACUAGAAAAAAGCAAGCAGUUUCGUUAGAUCGUAGAAGGAAAACGCAAUAAGGAUGUACUUUAGCAUCUUGAUCAUGUUUAGGAGUUUGUAAUGGUGUCACGUUUAAUGGAAUAAGAGUUUUCUU